GCCGAGCAGUCGGUGACAGCCCCGAGGGCCCCCGCCCCACGCUAAUGGCCGAGCCGGACCCCAGAAGAGCUGGGAAGGGUUUGCAAGCCACAGCACGCUCACACUGCCUUCCAGAUGCUUCGCAGGAGGGCUGAUGACCAGAGGGUGAGGACCGAAGUGUUUUCACUGGCAUUAUUACAUCAUUAUGGAGUGACUUUGGACUCAGAUUCAGACACUGAGGAAGGAGCAGCUGGUGGAGAAGCAGAGAUGGACUUCCUGCGGAAUUUAUUCUCCCAGACGCUGGGCCUAGGCUCCCAGAAGGAGCGUCUGCUGGACAACCUGACCCUGGAAGGGGUGGCCCACUACAUGCUGAGUGAGCGCUGUCGCAGGGUCAUCUGUUUGGUGGGAGCUGGAAUCUCCACAGCCGCGGGCAUCCCUGACUUCCGCUCCCCAUCCACGGGCCUCUAUGCCAACCUGCAAAAGUACCAUCUUCCCUAUCCAGAGGCCAUCUUUGAGAUUGGCUACUUCAAGAAACAUCCAGAGCCCUUCUUUGCCCUCGCCAAGGAACUCUAUCCUGGCCAAUUCAAGCCGACCCUGUGUCACUACUUCAUCCGCCUGUUGAAGGAGAAAGGCCUGCUCCUGCGCUGCUACACUCAGAACAUAGACACCCUGGAGCGAGUGGCAGGGCUGGAGCCUGAGGACCUAGUGGAGGCCCAUGGCACCUUCUACACAUCGCACUGCAUCAGCCCCCUCUGCCGGCAGGAGUACACACUCAGCUGGAUGAAAGAGAAGAUCUUCUCCGAGGUGACUCCCAAGUGUGAGAACUGUCAGAGCGUGGUGAAGCCUGAUAUCGUCUUCUUUGGUGAGAACCUCCCAGCGCGUUUCUUCUCCUGCAUUCAGUCAGACUUCCUGAAGGUGGACCUGCUCAUCAUCAUGGGCACCUCCCUGCAGGUGCAGCCCUUUGCAUCCCUCAUCAGCAAGGCACCCCUCUCUACUCCACGCCUGCUCAUCAACAAGGAAAAAACUGGCCAGACUGACCCCUUCCUGGGAAUGAUGAUGGGCCUCGGGGGAGGCAUGGACUUUGACUCCAAGAAGGCCUACAGGGAUGUGGCCUGGCUGGGUGACUGCGACCAGGGCUGCCUGGCGCUUGCUGACCUCCUCGGAUGGAAGAAGGAGCUGGAAGACCUUGUCCGGAAGGAGCAUGCCAGCAUUGACGCUCAGUCAGGGUCUGGGAGCCCCAACCCCACCACGUCAGCCUCCCCCAGGAAGUCCCCAUCUCCCCCCAAGGAGGAGGCCAGGACCACAGAGGGGGAGAAACCCCAGUGACACCUGUGCCUCCCAGGCAGGAUACCCAGCUCCUUUGGGGCAGUUGAGCCCCAACCAGCCCUGGUCCUCCCUAACUUGCAGCUUUUGUCUGGGAAGUUCAGAGCAUUCCCUCAGUCUCAUAACCACUCCCUCCUAAAACUGGGGUCCCAGCCCCCCUGACCCUGGCAAAUCUCUAACAUCUCCUGGGGGCUGAGGCAUGAGCCGCCCAUCUCUAACAGCCCGAAGCCUCUAACCACCCCAGGGGCAAGGAUCAACCUCCCUAAUGUCUAACUGCUCCCUGGGAGACCGAGGGGCCUCCAAAUGUCUAACUGUCCCAGGACAGGGCGUAGGGCCCACAUACUUUAACUGCUCCCAGGGGCCUGUGGCCAAGGAGACAAAUUUAACAUAACUCAUCAAAUGGGGGGAUCUGAGCCUGCAGACCUCCACCUCCCUGCCUCCAGUUCCCAACGUGGGUGCUGGGCUGCCUUCACUCAGGACCCGGUUCCCAUGUGGAAUGGGCAGAUGAUGUUGCCUAUUGGAGACAAAUUAAAAACAAAAACUAACUGUCA